AUGAAAGAAGUACGUACCUCUGCUAUGGUUACUGCUAAACUUAAACAAUGGAAUAUAACUGUCACUGAAGGAGUAGGCAAUUUAGGUGUAGUGGGUAUAUUGAAAAGUAAAACACCAGGUAAUCAUUCUAUUGGCUUGCGUGCUGAUAUGGAUGCUCUUGAAAUCAUUGAGAAGAACAAUGUAUCUUAUAUUUCUACGAUUUCUGGUAUUAUGCAUGCUUGUGGUCACGAUGGACAUACUACAAUGUUACUUGGUACAGCUAAAUAUCUGGCAGAAAAUCGAGAUUCAUUUUCUGGAACUAUCUACUUUGUUUUUCAACCUGCUGAAGAAACAGGCGUUGGUGCCAUGUCCAUGAUCAAAGAUCAACUAUUUGACCGAUUUCCAAUGGAUACAAUCUACGGAUUGCAUAACAUUCCAGGUUUACCUGUUGGACAAUUUGCUAUUCGAUCAGGUCCAAUGAUGGCAGCAGCUGAUACUUGGGUUGUUACAUUUCGAGGUACUGGUGGCCAUGGUGCUACACCACAGUUAGCUACUGAUGUGACUGUACUGCUAGCAGAAUUCAUUUUAGCAUUACAGACAAUUGUUAGUCGUAACAUUGCACCAACCGAUACAGCUGUAAUAAGUGUUGGGGCUAUUCAAAGUGGAUUUUUCGAAUCAUUAAAUGUAUCACCAUCAGAAAUUCGUGUUGGUGGUACCGCUCGUAGUUUUACGAGAGAGGUGCGAGAUACAAUUGAACAGCGCAUGAAAGAGUUAGCACAUGGUCUUGCUACUGCCUUUGAGUGUAUAGCUGAGGUGGUAUUCAAUCGAGCUGGAAAUCCACUUGUAAAUGAUGUUCAGUCCACAGAACGAGCCAUUAGAGCAGCUGAGAGUCUUGUAAAUGCUGAAAAUGUUGAUGGAAACACAACACCAAUAAUGAAUGGAGACGAUUUUGCUGAAAUGCUAGAAAGAAAACCAGGUGCCCAUAUGUAUAUGGGAAAUGGGAACCGAUCUGGUGCACUUCAUUCACCAGCAUACAACUUCAACGAUGAUACUAUUAUUUUUGGUGUAGGCUAUUGGGUCAGUCUAGUUCAACAAGAACUUCGGAAUGAACUUCGCGUAUUUGUGCUGUAA